GAGUCCCGUGCCAAAGCUCUGACGGGAAACGAACAAGUCUAUUUCCCGCGCUCCUCGUCCAAAUACAAGAAAAGUGAGUGAGCGGCUCGGCGACAAUUUUUGCCCGCGACGGCGUGGCAGGCGGACGGCCUGACGGACACGUCCGAGUACCAAGUGGAGCACUUGAGCACGUUGGUGUUGGAGCGCAAAGCCGGUCUGCUGACGGUGGAGGACGGCGUGCGACGUCUGCGGCUGCUUCACGCCAAAGGGAAAAUCUGGACGCAGGAUAUGACGCUGCGGGUGGACUGCCGUGGCAUCAGCUUGAUAGACGCCGACACCGAGCACGAGCUCGAGGUCUUCCCGCUGUGCUCGGUGCAGCGGUGCCAGGCGGUGAUGAACGCGUGCGGCUUCGACUCCAUCUUGGCGCUGGUGUGCAAGGACUCGGGUCAGAGCAAGGCCGAUCUUCACCUGUUCCAGUGCGACGACGUCAAGGCCGACCUGAUCCACGCCGACAUCCGGAGCGCUCUGACGGACGCCAAAGGAGGAAAACCCAAAAAACGACCCGAUGUCCUCAAGAUGAUUCUGAAGAGCGAGGGCGACAUCCCGCCUCCCCCCGCCGCGCCCGCCCCAGAACCGCCGUCCUUUCCGGAGACGGGCGCCCGGCGGCCUCGGAACGGUGAGCGAGUCGCGCUGCUCGGACCCUGCGCGCCCGAGGGGGAGCGAGCUCACCGCCCGCUCGGCCUUUCUCGCGCAGGCGGAGGAGAGACCGAGACGGCGGCCGCCGUGGACCGCGACGUGCGAAUCCUCAAUCGCAUCCUGGACGACAUCGAGGCCUUCGUGGGCAAACUGCAGAAAGCGGCCGACGCCUACCGACAGCUGGCCGAGCGCAAGAACAAGAAAAACGACAAGAAAUGUCCCGGAGAGGGGCUCCUGACGCUGCGGUCCAGACCUCCCGCCGAGGAGCAGUUUGUCGACUGUCUGCAAAAGUUCAAAUUUGCUUUCAACCAGCUGGGCAAAUUGCAAGCUCGCAUCCGGAACCCGAGCGCAGAGGAGCUUCUUCACUUCCUCUUCGCCCCCCUCAGAAUGGUGGUGCGAGCGUCGGGCGGCCCCGAUCUGGCUCGCGGCACCGUCGUCCCGCUGCUCACCGGCGAGGCGGUGGAAUUCCUGCGCGCCGUCGGCACGCCGGAGGAGCGCCGCCUGUGGGCGGCGUUGGGGGACGGCUGGACCAAGAGCAGGUCGGAGUGGCCCGAGGAUCGCGACCUUCCGCCCUGCCCGUUGACGUUCGCCGACGGUUGGCGACCGCCGUCUCCGGAGGAUCGGCCGAGCUGGAGUCCGGCGGAGGAGUCGUCCCCGCGAGCGCCCCGAGGGCAGACUCUGGAGCCGGAGGCCGCGGAAGAGCGCCGGGCGGCGCGAACAAAACAGUUUGCCAAAUCCAAGUACGACUUUGUGGCCAGGAACAACACGGAGCUGUCGGUGCUCAAGGACGAGCUGGUGGAGGUGGUGGACGACAGGAAGCAGUGGUGGAAGGUGCGAAACGGCGACGGCCUGCUGGGUUACGUGCCAAACAACAUCCUGGAAGCGCCGGCACCGGCGGUGGACAUCGGCGCUGGCGGGGACAGCGUCUACAGCCACACCAUACAGCUGAUGAUGCCGCGGAAGGAGUUUGAGAUGUUCAAGCAAUUACUGGGAGAGCUCAACGAGAAACAGACCGGCGGCGGUACCGAGCGCCUUGCCGAAAAAGCCCCGCCCGCGCCGCCGCCUCUUCCGCCGCCCGCCGACGAGGCCGUCGGACGCCACGACGCCCCGCUUUCCGGAGACGACGACGGCGGCGCCGUGAGAGCCCUGGCCCGACGCAGAAAGUCCAACAUGGAGGAGGUCCAGGACGAGCUCCUGCACCGACUGACGUUGGGUCGCGGCGCGCAGAAGAAACUCCCCGCGGGGUCGCACGCCACCGCCGGCCUUCCCGGCGUCAACAUCACGUACGAGUCGUCUCCCGACGACGUUCGCGGCUGGCUGGAGGCCAAAGGCUUCGCUCCCGUCACCGUCAGAAGUCUGGGGGUCCUGACGGGGGCGCAGCUCUUCUCGCUCAACAAAGACGAGCUGAAGACCGUCUGCCCCGACGACGGCGCUCGCGUCUUCGGCCAAGUCGCCGUGCAGAAGGCGGCGCUCGAGAGUCGAUCGGGCUCCGAGCUGCGGGAGGUCAUGAGGAGACGUCGGGAGAUCCUGGCCUCCGGCGACCCUUCGGACGAAGACCCCGCCCGCUGA